UGUGUCAUUUGUUAUAAUUACUUUUGAAAUUGGGUUUUUAUCUAUUGUUUGUUGAUUUUGCAUGGCACAUAGAGUUUUUUGUGAACAGAUGACUUUUGGAAAAGAUACCACACUUAAUUGGAAUAAUUAUAUUGAAAGCAAUGGGCAUUUUAUGCUUAGUGACAUGACUGAAAAUAGAAAAAGAUCGCGUGAAGAUGACACAUGUGAAUUCAUGCCUCUGUCAAAGAGGAUAAAUAAUUUACACAUAAACAACAACUUGAACAGUCCAUCUCUUUCUCAAUCUUCUGAUUCGAGUCAGAGCAAUGGAAUUAAUUCAGAUAAUGCGAUUUCGUCUCCAAGCCCAACAUCAGAUACAGAGAGGAGCCCUAACUAUGAUCCAGGAAUUAGUUCCUCAGACAGCAGAUAUUAUUAUGAAAAUAAAUUAUUAUUCGAAUUGCAUUUAGAAAGAAUACAAAGAACUGGACAGCAGUUCCCUUUUUAAUUAGGUAUAGAUAAGUGCAUGAAAUGAAUUGUGUACCUGUAUUGUUAUGCCUAGGUGUGUGUAUUAAAUUAAACUUUAUUUUUAACUUAAUAAAUAAUGUUUGAAUUA